AUGUAUAUCGCUAUUCUCAGCAACAAGUUCCCGAGGAAGAUUCCCAAGUUUGGUAUUUUCUUGCCCCCUAAGGCCGGUAUCAACAAGGCCAUCGUUGACUCAGUCGGGGAUGCCGUUGUCAAAGCCUACACCAGCCCACUACAUUAUGUCUUCUACGCUACUAUACCGUUCUCAUGCAUCAUGCUUGUCGCCGCUUUCGUGGGUCUAGACAUUAAACAGUUCUUGACGUACAAUGUUGCAAAAUGUCUCCAGGAUAAAAGCUUCCGUAAAUCCUCUACCAGUGCCAACGAAGUUGAGGUUCAGGCCAUGAAUGAAUGUCAUCCAGAUGAGGCUAGAGUGGCUUCAUAUGUGUAG